AUGUGUGGCCAAGACAAGCCAAGCGGCGCGGAGUACCGGACACAAGGCUGUUUCAAGCCCGUGGACAAGGCAGUCGCAAAGAAUGGAGAUCUCGUAGUGGAGGAGUUUCCCAUCUCCUUCGAUGGCUAUGACUACAUCCACGGACGCAUUGCAUAUAUCGUUGGGAGUGCACCUGCGCCGGUGAUCCUGGUGCAUCACAACUACGCAGGAUUGAAGCAGUUUGACAUCGAUCAAGCCAGUUUUUUUGCGAAGGUGGGCUACGUUGGUUUGGCAGUGGACUUGUACAAAGAGACAGCGGCCUUCACCUACAAGGAUAGGUCUGUGAAUUAUGGGCGUCCUGUUGAUCUUGAGGGAUUUUGUGCAGCCGCACGUGAAGAUAAUCCGAUGGAGCGCGAGAACUCGCAGUACUCCGACGAGGAGCUACGUGUGUUCUUCGAUGCGGUGCCUAAAGCCGAUGGCAAGGUGCACUGGCAAGGCAUCAAACACUUCAUUGGAGCUUUUCGCCAAAUGAAUGCCUUGCUGCGGGCACCAGGCAAGUGGCGAGGGCUUAUGGAUGCAUUUCUGCAGAAGGCUUUCGCGCAUCCGGCUGUGAAAAGUGGCUAUGCAGGAGCUAUCGGCUAUUGCCUGGGUGGUCAAAGCUGCUUGGAACAGGUCCGUGCGGGGCACCAGGUCCAGGCGAUUUGCAGCCUCCACGGCCUGCUCCACUCCAGGCCCACGACAGAGGCCGAACCUCUCAAUUCCUUGAAGCGUAUGUCCAGAGAGGACUACGCCAAGGAACUCGCAAUUCCCAACACGUACAACACUGAUUGUCGUGUACUUAUUCAGAACGGCGCAGAGGAUCAGGAAGUCCCUGGCGACACCAUCGUCGACUUCAUGCAGGAGAUGGACGCUCAGAAGAUCGACUGGCGCUUCGAGAACCAUGCGCGUGGACCCCAUGGUUUCGCCUUGCCAAAGGGCACCCCAGGUGGCGACCACUACACGGAGACAAUUGAUCGACGGUCAACGCUGGCGAUGCUCAGCCUUUUCGCAGAGACGUUCCCGAGUUUCCCGCAGUCACCCGUGGAGUGCAACGCGGCUGGGUGCAAGUUGGGUCAAGUGAUCCUGGUUGGAGGCACCGCUGGCAGCCAGGGGCAGCGAUCCACGGUGGCAACAGCUGGAAGCUUCGUGGCUGGCGCGCUUCUUGGAGUGGUCGCCCUGAAGCUCUGUGGGUCGAAGCUGUGA